CAUUUUCAAUAGGAAUUUCAGGCUGCUCUUUAAUGAAAACAAGUACUAAAAUCUGACAGCCCAAAAGGGUCAUACUCAAACUCAUCUUGGAUGGGUGUCUCCAGUAGAUUACAGAUUUGGAAGAACUAUGUUUUAUAUCACUUGCGCCAUUGGAUUCUUUUGUGCCUACAUGGACCCAGGAGUCUUACAUGAAACAUUUGGCCAUUUCAAAUAACCACCCAGAUAUGUGUUGGGAUUUGGAAAAGGACUUGAAGGAGAAGAGAAGAAGUUGAAUGAAUAGAUCUUGGACAGACAUCAUGCAGAAGAAUAAUUAGAGCAUUUCAAACACAACAUCACUCAAUACGAUGGCAAAUGAUUUAAUACAAAAAUAUAAAAACAUACAGGGAAUAAAUAUAUAUAA